CCCCGCGCGGCGCACAGCCGUAUUCGCGCACCUCCGCCCGAACCCCAGCUUGCUCGCGGUGCAUGCGGCCCCCGCGGGCGCCCGGCCCCGGAACUCAGCGCGGCACCUGAGCGCGGGCGCGGCGGGGCGAUGGGGACGCUGCAGUCCAAGCACGCCGCCGCCGCCCGCAAGCAGAGGGAGAGCCCAGAAGGGGACAGCUUCGUGGCGUCCGCGAGCAGCCGCAAAGGCGCGGAGGAAGCGGAGCGACGCGCGCGGGACAAGCAGGAGCUGCCCAAUGGGGACCCCAAGGAGGGGCCUUUCCGGGAGGACCAGUGUCUGCUAGAGGUGGCACUGCCCCCCGAGAAAGCUGAGGGCCAAGAGCUCAUGGGACAUCUCCUCAGCGCGGAUGACGGGGAGAAAGCAGCAAACCGAGAGGGUCCUCAAGGACCAGGCGGGCAGUGCCUCAACAUUGACGCACUCCAGUGUGAUGUCUCGGUGGAGGAGGACCGUCAGGAGUGGACGUUCACACUGUACGACUUUGACAACAGCGGGAAGGUCACCAGGGAGGACAUGUCCAGCCUCAUGCACACCAUCUAUGAGGUCGUGGGUGCCUCGGUCAACCACUCCUCGGGCGGCAGCAAGACCCUCCGUGUGAAGCUGACCGUCAGCCCGGAGCCCUCCAGCAAGAGGAAGGAGGAUCCUCCCGCCGGCCAGGACGGGAUGCCCACCCACAGCAGGAAGGAGGGCGAGCUGGUAGAGGAGCCAAGGGCGGCCGACAGGAGGUUGUCUGCACAUGUCAGGAGGCCCAGCGCCGACCCCCAGCCCUGCUCAGAGCGGGGGCCCUACGGCGUGGACGAGAACACAGAGCGCAGGAACCACUACCUGGACCUCGCUGGGAUUGAGAACUACACUUCCAGAUUCGGCCCUGGGUCCCCUCCUGUGCAGGCCAAGCAGGAGCCCCAGGCCAGGGCCUCACACUUCCAGGGCCGGUCCCACUCCCAGGAGCCGGGCACACACACCGCAUACCAUCGCAGGUCACAGGUACUGGUGGAACACGUCGUGCCAGCCUCGGAGCCUGCUGCCAGGGCCCUGGACGUGCAGCCCCGGCUGAAGGGGCCAGAGAAGCAGUUCCUCAAGUCCCCCAAGGGCUCCGGGAAGCCAGCCGGGGUGCCAGGCAGCAGCCAGUCCGGGAAAGCCUUCAGCUACUACCUGCCGGCUGCCCUGCCCCCCCAGGCCCCUCAGGAUGGCCACCACCCCCCGCAGCCUCCCCCGCCGCCCUAUGGCCACAAGCGGUCCCGGCAAAAGGGCAGGGAGGGCCACUCGCCACUCAAGGCCCCACACGCCCAGCCCGCCGCGGUGGAGCACGAGGUGGUGCAGGACCUGCCGCCCACGCCAGCGGGAGAGCGCUUCGUGAUGCCAGUGAUCCACCACCACGAGCACCACCACCACCACGAGCACCACCACCACCACCACCACCACCACCACCACGUCCACCCGUCCUAGCGCCGCCGCUGGCACGCGUCACUCCCAGCACAGCAUGGCCCACGCGCCCUCGGCGGGGAAGCAGAGCAGGUGCCCGCUGUGUGCCCGAGGGGAGCCUGUUCCCCCCACCUCCAACAGCGAACAGCAACCGACUGCAGGUGCCCGCGAGGUGGAGGUGGCACAGCUUGGUCACGUGGCCCAGGUGCCCUCUGCUCUCUUGCCCUCAAUGCCACGUGGUGGCGAACAUGUCUGAGGCCGCUGUGUUUCCCAGCUCUAAAGCUUGUCUGUGUAACCCAUAAAACCUGCAUGUGAGCGUGGAAGACACACUUGUAUCUGCUUUCCUUUAUGAUUCCAAAGUGAGGCCCUGGAGGGCACGGGACAUGCCCGGACGCUGGGGUGGGUGUUCCUCCCAGGGCUUGGUGCUGCUGGCACUGUAGGCCCUCCCAGUGCAAGGCCGGGAGCCGUUGGGGAAGCCGAGGACUUGCGUGGCUCAUGUGUCAUGAAGCCAGAGGGGCCAGGGUCGGGGGGGCAGCUUGUGGUUAGCAGGCAGCGUCCACAGCUCCCACGGGAGGCCAGGCAGCAGCGCUGGAACGAGAAGUGCCGGGCCUGGGGCGGGAGAGCCCAGACCAGGGAGGAGGGGAGCCUAGGGUAGCACAGGGGGCAGAGGCAGCCCAGGUCCCAGAGCCACGGCAGCUCAGGUGGAUGCCGGCGGCAGGACGCAGGGCAGGGAGGGGCGGACGCUCAGCGGAACACGGGGACCGGAACGUUCGUGGUCCCGACACUCAUGGGGCAGCUUCUGUGACACGUCAGCUUUGGUGAAAGUCACCAUGAGGUGACUGCGUGUCCCCCUGCAAGAGUCAGGAGAGGGCUGCAGGCCAGCAGGAUGCACCAGCGACGUUCCUGAGUCUCGCAGCCUGUGGGGACCCACAGUCGCCCCAACAGGAACCGUGCGGUGCCUUCUGGGACCCGGGGGCCUGCCCGGCGGUUCUGCGUUCGCCUUCCUUGUGUUGUUUUUAAGGAUAAGGCAAACCGACGGCCAACUGGUGACAGGUGUUUCUCAGGUCUAAUAGGAAUAUCUGCAUUUUGUACCAUGCCACACCCUGCAUUAAAAUAGGCUUUUCAAAGA